CGCCGUCAGUGAAGUAGCAGAAAGGAGCCAGGGUGUCCCCCUGAAAUUGGCCCCGCUACGGCGACGAGGAGUGCUGGCCGGGCACGCAUCCCGCCGGUCUGCGCUGGGAUCAUGCUGGAGCAGGACACCGGCCUCUCCUUGGCCAUCGCUCAGAUCGUGCAGCGGCUGAAGGGCUCCAGCCUCCAUUCCCAGCUGGAGCGGCAGGCCCGGGGUAGUCUACACAAACCAGAAAUUAAACUUGAAUCACUAAAGGAAGAUAUUAAGGAUUUUCUGAAGACCUCAGGAUGGGAAAAGAGACUUCAGAAUGCUGUUUAUAGUGAACUCAAUGUGUUCCCUUCACCCUGUCAUCCUGCAGCACCCCCUGAGCACAUGAAGGAACCCUUAGUUUACAUGAGGAAAGCACAGGGAAGCUGGGAGAAGCGAAUUCUGAAGAGUCUAAAUAGCAUGUGCACAGAACUCAGUAUCCCAUUAGCACGAAAGAGACCUAUAGGAGAGCAAAAAGAACUUUUUAAUAAAUGGAAUGAAAUGGGAACUGAUGAGCCAGAUCUAAGUCUCUUCCGACCUGUUUAUGCACCUAAAGAUUUUCUUGAGGUACUGAUGAAUCUUCGCAACCCAAAUUAUGAAAAUGGGGAUCAGCCUAGUUUCAGAAAUCACCUGGGUCUAAUUCAGGUUCCUCUAAAAGUUAAAGACAUCCCUGAAUUGAAAGACUAUUUCAGUGAGCUAGGCUUGAAUACGGGACAGCUGGGUAUUGAUGACUCUACACAAGUGCCUCCAGAACUCUUUGAAAAUGAACAUGUACGUGUUGGGCAAACAGUUUUAACAGAACAAGAUAGUGCUGCAGCCCAACAGUAUGUCCGUCAGGGAUGCCCAACAGCACUCCGAGCUGAAUUGUGGGCACUCAUUCUGAAUAUUUCUAAUCAGCCUGAGGACAUUUUGUACUACGAACAGCUUAAGUCCAAUGUGAUUCAGCAUGAUCUUUUAGUGGACAGCCUGAUCUACAAAGAUGUAAAGCUGACAGCAAGCAAUGAUGACUACUAUUUUGUAUUUGAGGAUUAUUUAUAUCAGGUAUUACUCUGUUUUUCCCGAGAUACAUCAGUACUGGAGCACUUUUCUUACAAUAGUGCUACUCCUCCCAAAUCAUACAUACGAGGAAAACUUGGCAUGGAAGAAUAUGCUGUUUUUUAUCCACCAAAUGCCAUGUCACCUAUGGGAAGUGAGAUGAUUUGGAAAAGAGAGGAAAACAGACAACACAACUGCCAAGAUGGCUACAUAUCUUUACUGGGUGUAAUUCCUUUUCAUGGCUUUUCAAUGUAUGUUGCUCCACUUUGUUUUCUGUACCAUGAACCUUCCAAAUUGUAUCAGAUAUUCCGUGAGAUGUAUGUGCGUUUUUUCUUCAGACUCCAUUCCAUCUCUUCUCAUCCUUCUGGCAUCGUGUCACUAUGUUUGCUGUUUGAGACACUUCUUCAAACCCAUCUCCCUCAGCUCUUCUAUCAUCUUCGAGAAAUUGGGGCGCAACCACUACGAAUAUCGUUUAAAUGGAUGGUACGAGCAUUCUCUGGUUACUUAGCUACAGACCAACUUCUGCUUUUGUGGGACAGAAUCCUAGGAUACAAUUCUCUAGAAAUUCUCGCUGUCCUGGCAGCUGCUGUGUUUGCUUUUCGAGCAGUGAACCUGAUGGAGGUGACAUCACUGGCUGCAGCUGAAGCUGUACUUGCUGACCUUUCAACCCUGAAGGUUAUGCCUCUUCUUCAGAUCUUCCUGUUUGCCACUGUCACUUGAUCUGCUUCAAGGUCACUGACACCACACAUCCAGUCUUUCAUUAGAAACUAAUAAUGAACUAUGCAACGUCUGCAUAAAACCAAAUUAAACUGUAUGUAUAUGUCACUUACAGAUCAUGUUCUCUUUACAGUUAAAUGCAAGUUUUUCUACAUAUAAAAUAAUAACUUUACACACUAACCUGUGCAUUUGCAUGCUGCUGUAUUUCAACAUAACAGCAAUAGAUAUAACUGAUGAGGUAUGAGAAUCAUUACUUGUGCAUAUAAAUAACGCAAAUCAAUGUAUAAAAUGCAUGUAAAAUGCAAUAAAACAAAGGUAAUGCAGUUAAAUUCUUGAUCUAAUAUGAGUGCCGUAACAGAUCCACUAAUAUCAGAUUGGAGAAAACUGUCUUUCAUCUGAUUAUAACUUAUUCAAGCCCCCGCUACAAGAAUGUCAACUUGAGAGUACAGUAACACUUGAAAAUGUGCUUUAACUUUUGGGAACUUUUAUGUCAUUUCCUAGGAGAAAUCAGAGAAAUGCUUCUGUUCCAUUUCUGUUUUCCAGGAGUCCUCUUCAUGUUCUUCCCCAUUUUACUUAUUUCUUUUUAAUCUAUUGAUCCCCCACAGCCUUUCUAAGGGCUGGUCUACACUGGGAGGGGGGGGAGGGGGAGGGAUCGAUCUAAGAUACACAACUUCAGCUACGCGAAUAGCAUAGCUGAAGUCGAAGUAUCUAAGAUCGAAUUACCUGGGGUCCACACAGCGCGGGAUCGACGGCCGCGGCUCCCCCGUUGACUGCGCUACCGCCGCUUGCUCUGGCGGAGUUCCGGAGUCGACGGUGAGCGUGUUCGAGGAUCGAUAUAUCGCGUCUUAACGAGACGCGAUAUAUCGAUCCCGGAUAAAUCGAUUGCUACCCGCCGAUACGGCAGGUAGUGAAGACGUACCCUUAGAUAUCUAUCACUAAGUAUCAAAGGAUGAGAGUUUCAAAAGUGCCUAAGAGAGUCUUGCCUUGCAAAAAGUGCUGGAUAUAGCUUUCUCCAGAACUUGUCAAAGCCUAGCUUUAAGUGAGCCAAAGCAGUUCCCGGAGAAUGUGCUCAUCAUAACCUUCCAGAUGGAGCUGGCUAACUGGGAUAAAAAGGGACUUGUACCUUUAGGAAAUCCUUUAUAAUGGGUGUGGUGGAGGGGGGAAGCUUACAGGGAUGGACAGGAAAAAGGCAGAGAGCAGGGGCAGGUUUGGAGAAGGACACUGCACUGCCCUUUCCGCUCAUGAGAAGAGCGGCAGUGGGGGAGGGGUAUUUAUUCCCUAUACAGCCGUGGCUGACCGCACCCACCCACCCAUGAACUCAGCAAACCUCUUGACUUGCUGUGGGCAUUACAGUAGUUGCCCUUUUCCUUGGGACCGGGGAAGGAAUUUUUCCCUCUGCACUAGAUUGGCUAAAGUGAGGUGGUGUUGGGGGUUGCCUUUCCACAGCUGGUCUGGUACCCAGUGGGGUGAAGCAGAGGGGUUAGGUUAUAAUGUCACAACUUAGUAAGUAAAACUAAUUGCGGAUGUGCUGUGCAGGUACUCAUUAUGGAACGGAUACCAUUAUCAGAUAAAGUGGUUUGGAAAAAGAUUGGAAGGAAAGCAUCCUGUAAAGGGGGUUUGGGGACUCCUACUUCUACAGUGGGGAACUGACCCUCCUCCUUUUCCUAGGCCCUUUUAAGAAAGCCAAGGAAGGGGGCUUAGUGCUCCUAUGUCUGGAACAGUGAAGAGCCGACUCCCCUUCUUUUACGGCCGGGGCUCUCAAACUGGGUGCCGGGACUCCUCAGGAGGUCAUGAGGUUAUUAGAUGGGGGGUGUCGUGAGAUGUCAGCCUCCACCCAAAACCCCGCUUUGCUUCCAGCAUUUAUAAUAGUAUUAAAUAUAUAAAAAAGUGUUUUUAAUUUAUAUGGGGGGUCGCACUCAGAGUCUUGCUAUGUGAAAGGGGUCACCAGUACAAAAGUUUGAGUCCCACUGUUUUAUAGCCCCUUCCCCCCACUUUCACCUCAUAUAAGGGGAGGGUGGAAGGGUUCCAGCAAUUGGAAUGCUGGGACAACAUUGGAGGUUAUAUGGAAAUAAUUAAGAAAAUGAUAACCUGAACUGUACAAUUUGUUGCUGGGUACUGCCAGAUAUAUUAAGUGAAUAAAGUUGCAGCCUAAUGAAACAACA